CAUAAAUCGUUCUAUUUCUGUCAGUGAUAGUAGCAAACCGAAAACCGGUAGGUACGUUUUUAAUCACGCCGAAAUGUAUUGAAGUAGGCCGUUCAAUCGUCGGGACCAAUCAAUUAAUUUGUUGUUAAAAAUUUGUUUUCGUUUGUUCAAAGAUGUGCACAAAUUAUACAGGCUUCAAACUUCUGCUCUGUUGUCUGUUAUUGUCUACAGUUAGAGGAUGGGUAUGGGAAUGCACUCCAGCAGGUUCUUGUCAAAGAAGAGACCCCCACGUAAACGAUACAUUUUUUAACAGUUUAGAUGUUUGUCGAUUGGUUUGUGGAGAUCGCGGUAACAUUUGGCCUUUGCCGGCAAAUUAUACCACGAAAAAUAAAGAUCUUGUUUAUAUUGACGCCAAAAAUAUAGUAUUUAGCAUAGACUGUCCUACUACUUCAGCAAAUAUAUAUCUUGGAAAUGUUGUGGAUUAUUUUAAAGACGUAAUCAACGAAAAUGAUGAACAGAACUGUUCAAAAACCAAGUACAAGCUGAUUCUGAAUGUGAACGUAGCUAAUUCGAUUUUGAUUUUGAAUUAUAAAACUAGUGAAGAAUACUCUUUGGAUAUUACUACCGAUUCAUCAAGUAAAACCGUCACAGUCAAUAUUAUAGCAGUGACUAUUUUUGGGGCACGUCACGCCUUCGAAAGUUUACUGCAAUUAAUAGAAACAGAGAGUACCGCUGAUGAAACUUGUUUUGUAACCUUAAAAGAAGUUAGUAUACAGGAUAAACCAAAAUAUAAGCAUCGAGGCUUACUUUUGGAUUCAGCAAGGAACUUUUUAUCAGUAGAGGUUAUUAAAAAGAAUAUUAUUGCCAUGGGCAUGUCAAAAUUAAACACACUCCACUGGCAUAUGAGUGAUUCUCAAAGUUUUCCAUUUGUGUCUGCUAGAGUUCCCAACAUGACUAGCUACGGAGCAUAUAGCGCAGCUCAAACUUAUUCGCCAUAUGAAAUAAGAGAUCUUCUACAAUUCGCCAAGCUUCACGGAGUUCGAAUUAUUCCAGAAAUUGAUGGACCUGCCCAUACUGGGAGUGGAUGGCAGUGGGGUGCAGACGCUGGUUUAGGAGAUUUAAUUGUUUGUUAUAAUAAGCUGCCCUAUAAGUCAUUUUGUAUUCAGCCUCCAUGUGGUCAAAUGAACCCAGCUAAUCCAAAUUUAUAUCAAGUAUUAGGCAACAUAUAUGCUGAUAUUCUUGAUUUAUGGACAGAUGGGCUGGAUUUAUUCCACAUGGGCGGAGAUGAAGUUUAUAUUCCAUGUUGGAAUUCAAGCCAAGAAAUUGUAAAUUAUAUUGACAACAAUAGAUCACCAGAAGCUUUCCACAAAUUAUGGUCAGAGUAUCAGGAAAAAGCAUUAAGUGCAUUUGAUGCCGUUAAUGCAGAUGCUACUGAGCCUUCUUCGGCAAUUCUGUGGACGAGUUCUCUUACCGAAAUAUCACAUGUUGAAAAAUAUGUACCAAAAGAAAGAUACAUUAUCCAAACUUGGGUAUCCAAAUCAGACCCCCUGCCUAAAGAGCUAUUGGAUUUGGGUUACAAACUCAUAAUAUCAACAAAAGACAGUUGGUAUUUAGAUCAUGGAUUUUGGGGCACGACUAAAUACUAUACUUGGAGGACCGUAUAUGAUAAUACGAUUCUUAAUGAUGCAGCUGUUUUGGGUGGCGAGGUUUGCAUGUGGGGGGAACUAGUGGACAACAGUAAUGUUGAGCCAAGAGUUUGGCCAAGAGCUGCUGCAGCUGCUGAGCGGUUAUGGACUAACCCAUCGACAACUUCUAUUGAAGCUACAUCUAGAUUUUUUAGUCAUAAUGACCGUCUAGCCAGACGAGGAGUGAGAACUUCACCAGUUGUCCCAAAGUAUUGCUCUCAGAGUCAUUCUGAUUGUAUUGGUUACUUGGUAACAUAAUGUGAAUACGUGUUAUUUUAUGUUUAAUAAAGUAUGCGUUAAUCAUGA